ACCUAUGUUUCUUUGGCUGCCAACUUCCAAGACUGCAUGUCCAUGAAGAAGGUGGAAAAGCAGAUUCUCAUUGUGCAGAACAAGAACAGCCCUUACUUCACACAGUGGAUCCCCAAGAACAUGAAGACAUCCACGUGUGACAUCCCCCUGCGUGGUCUUACGAUGUCGGCCACCUUCAUUGGCAACAACAUGGCCAUCCAGGAAAACUUCACUCGCAUCUCAGAGCAGUUCACCACUAUGUUCCAGAGCAAGGCAUUGCUGCACUGGUACACGGGCAAGGGGAUGGAUGAGAUGGAGUUCACUGAGGCUGAGAGCAACAUCAACGACCUGGUGUCUGAGUACCAGCUGUUCCAAGAUGCCACUGCUGAUGACCAGGGGGAAUUAGAAAGAGAAGACUUGCUUGAGAAAGAGUUUUAA